CGCAAUGCUAUGUUCUCUUAAUUUCUCCCUCAGGAUGUCUAUUCAGCUGGUGAUAGCUGAAAUGCCUGUGCUGCCAUCUCUAAUAUUCUUUAACGUGUGGUAACAAAUAUUAAUUAUUAUUGUCAACUUGUCAUAUAUAUAUUUUUUGUACGUAUAGUUUGGGGAAUGGUUAUUUGGUGUUACUGUUAUGUCAAACAUGCUCUGAUGCUUUUGCGAGAUAUUUGGUUUUGUUUAUGUAGGACUUAUUCGUUAUCCCUCUCCAUAUCCUACAAUGGUUCGACCUGGUUUUCCCUCACGGCCACCUGGAGGAAUUGGUAUGCUUCCAUCUAUACAGCGCCCUCCUAUGCUGGGAAUUCCUGGGGUUCGCCCCAUUAUGCCUCCUGUUGUUAGGCCAGCUGUUCCUAGUGUUACUCCAGCUGAGAAACCACAAACAACUGUCUUUGUCGGCAAGAUAGCCCCAACAGUAAACAAUGAUUUCAUUUUAUAUCUCCUUCAGUUAUGCGGACCUGUCAAGAGUUGGAAGCGUGCUCAAGAUCCCACAGAUGGGACUCCUAGAGGCUUUGGGUUUUGUGAAUUUGAAUCUGCUGAAGGGGUUCUUCGUGCAUUACGCCUUCUGAGUAAAUUCAACAUUGAUGGGCAGGAGCUGGUGUUAAAUGUUAAACAAGCAACACGAGAGUAUCUGGAGCGGUUUGUAGAAAAGAAAACUGCUGAAAACACAAAGAAGCUAAAAGACAGUCAAGCUGAGGGAGAUGAGAAAGAGGGUCAGAGUACCGUUGAUAAGACUGUAGUUCCAAAUUCUGUUGUGGAUUUAAAGGAGGAGGACAAUAAUUCAGGGAACAAAGAGAGCAUCAGUAAAAACUUUGGGAUCGUGACGGAUGAAGACAAGGAAGCUGACAGGGUGGCUUUGGAGAAGCUUACAAGCUUGAUAGAAGAGAGAUUAAAAACGAAUCCUCUGCCUCCACCACCUCCACUUGCUCCUGGGAAUUCCAUCUCAGAGCCUCCAGCUAACUCAAGGGACGGAGACCCUAAUGUGGAUAUGGCAAGAAAUGAUGCUUCUGGAGAUAAAAAUGAUGAGGAGACAACUAGUGUCAACAAAGCAGAAAAUGAGCAGGAUAGGCCUGAAACAAGCUCACCUGAGAGGAGUAGAAAGCCUGAUAAAAGUAGAGAAAGAGACAGAGAGCGAGAUGUGAAACAGGAAAAGGAGCGUGAGAUUGAAAGAUAUGAAAGAGAAACAGAGAGAGAACGGAUAAGAAAGGAGAGAGAGCAAAGAAGGAAAUUUGAGGAUGCAGAACGUAAGUUUGAAGAAUGUCUCAAAGAUUGGGAGUAUAGGGAAAGGGAGAAACAGAAACAGCGGCAAAAGGAAAAGGAGAGGGAGAAAGAAUGGGAACGCAAACGGAAGAAAGAAGUGAUCAAUGAAGAAGAUGAUGAUGAAGAAGAUUCUAGAAAAAGGUGGCGGAGGACUGCGUGGGAAGAGAAGAAGAAGAAGAAACAAAGGGAGAAGGAAGAGGACUUGGCUGACAGAUUAAAAGAAGAAGAAGAAAUUGCUGAGGCCAACAGGAGGGCUGAUGAGGAAAAGCAGCUACAGAAACUGAGAGAUGCACUGAAGGCUUCAUCCAUGGAUGCAAGAGAAAAGGCUGAUUUGGCGGAAGAAUCUUGUGUGGAAUCAAAAGAUAUGGCCUUCAAUCAGGACAAUGACACUGGAUCUGGUCAUGAGAACCAUAUAGGUGAUGGGACUUUACAAAACGGGAACACUGGGGAUGAAUCAGCCAUGACAUCAGAACCCCAGCAGAGUGGGAGUGCCCCAGCCAAAAAGUUGGGUUUUGGUUUGGUUGGCUCUGGGAAACGUGCUUCUGUUCCUUCUGUUUUCAAGGAGGAGGAUGAUGAUGCGCACAAGGACAAAAAGAUGAGGCCCCUGGUCCCUAUUGACUAUUCAACUGAAGAACUACAGGCUGUUGAACCCGCUGUUUCUGGGCAAGCACCACCAAAUUUGGCUGCAGCGGCAGAAUUUGCAAAGCGAUUAUCAACCGGUGGUUCUAAAGAAGAGCAGUACGAUGCAGAGAAGGAGAGAAAUAGACGUGCUAAUGACAGGUCGAGUCAACGGGACAGGGAUAGGAAUGAUGAUGACAGUAAUCGAACUAGAGAUGAGAACAAGGAGAAGACUAUCGACCGUGAUACAGACCGGGAACAUGCACGGGAUAAACCAAGGACAAUGGAUAAGAAGAAGCUCUUGGAUGCAAAACAACUGAUUGAUAUGAUUCCGAAGACCAAAGAGGAGUUAUUCUCAUAUGAAAUCAAUUGGGCUAUUUAUGAAAAGCAUGCACUUCAUGAGAGGAUGAAACCAUGGAUUUCAAGGAAGAUCACAGAGUUUCUUGGAGAAGAAGAAACCACACUGGUAGAUUAUAUCGUAUCUAGUACUCAAGAACAUGUAGGAGCAGAACGCAUGCUACAGCUGCUUCAAUCCAUCUUAGACGAGGAAGCUGAAAUGUUUGUUCUCAAGAUGUGGAGGAUGCUUAUCUUUGAAAUCAAGAAGGUAGAGACAGGCUUACCUUCAAAAACAAGAUCAUGAUGUUGGUCCAUGUAGUCAGUAUUAUUAUUCCAUUGACCUCCCCUGUUUCAAAGGUUAAACCACAUUUUUCCUUUUGUAUUGCUUCAAAAGGCAUUUAGCAUAUGAGCAAAUAAACCCGUUUUUGUCUCGUAGCUUCCUUGGGUUGUUUGUAGAUUAGAAUCAAUUAGAUGUCCUCUUGGCAACUCUUGUCUAGUUUGAUGUCUUGAACUGCAUAAAAUAUUUGUGAAAUGAAGAGAAAAAGAAGUUAUGUUUGAUCUU